AAGAAAAAGGUUUGGUUUUUUUCAUUUUGCUUCCUUUCAAGUUAUAUAGUUUUGGCGAAGGUAGUGUAGAAGUGUGCAGUGGCCAUAUUCAGAUCGGCGAAGAAUGAACAGUGAAUAGUAGCGAUGGAAGAAGAAAAGGCCGCAGCAUACUACGACGAGCUCACUCGAAAGGGCGAGGGAGCCGCCAGAUUCAAGCAAGGCCUUGGAUUUUCGGCUUCCGCGCCAAAUGACGACGUUCCCAAACCCGGCUCGGCUCUUCUCACCUCUUCCUCUUCCUUCCUCUCCAAAUUCGUAAAAGCCUCAACCCCUUCCAACACCUCCGAAUCGGAGAAGCAAGCGCAGCUCCAAUCCAUUCAGAACAAGCUCAGGAAAAAUCCCUCUUCCGAGUCUAGGGUUUCGGACAAACCUAAUCACGGUUCUUCUUCGAGUAGAAGACGAAGCAGAAGUAGAAGCAGAAGCAGAGAGAGGUACAGGGAAAAGGAAUCGAGGAGGCGUAGCAGGAGUAGAGAUAGAUACAGGCAUAGAGAUUCGGAUGGAGAUAGGGAUAGGGAUAAGCGUCAAAGGGAAAGAGAGAGAGGGAGACGGAGGAGUAGAAGCGUUUCUCCUCGCAAACAACGGAGGUCGGAGAAUGAUGCCAGUGAUGUUCGGAAAAGAGGGAAAGUGAGUGAAAUGAGAAAGGGGAAAAAUGCCGAGGUCGAUUAUUCCAAGCUAAUUCAAGGUUAUCAAGAUAUGUCAUCUGCUGAAAGAGUCAAAGCCAAGAUGAAGCUUCAGCUUUCUAAAACUGCUGCACAGGAUUCAGAAAAAGGUGUGGGCUGGGAGAGAUUUGAGUUUAACAAAGAUGCCCCUCUUGAUGACGACGAAGAAAUUGAAGCUGCUGAAGAUGAUGCAUCCUUAGUGAAGCACGUUGGCCAGAGUUUCCGGUUUUCUGCAGUUGAGGCCAGAAGGGAGGAACAAAUCCAAGCUGCUCAUGAGGAAGCUAUGUUUGGUGCUACAACACAUCCGCCUCCUAUCAGUACAGACAGUGAGCCUGAAAGGGAGAAUGAGGAGGUUGAUAAAAAACAAGUGGUUACAAGCCUCUUAAGUGAAACAGUGCUGGCCAAGCAAAAAGGGUCUUGGCGUGAUCGGGUUCGUCAGGCUUAGAAUUUGCACGUGGAGUUUAAAGCUAGUAGGAAAGUUGGCCAAAUGACACAUGGAGUUUAAAGCAUAACUUUUCAAUUUUGCUGCUGGAAUUACAGUGCAAAUUUGCUUGGUUUAUACCUGGUAUGAGGUGGGCUUUAUAUAUAUAUAUAUAGUUCCUAUGCAAUGUCUUUGUAUUCAGAGUUAAAUUUUACAGGGAAAGCUUGCUCAUAGAAUAAUGUUAAUACGCAACACGCGUCACGUCGGCACAGUUUUCACCACCUGAUGACCGUUGGUCUGUCUCAUUUUUUGUACAUUUCACAUUCUAGUUACGUCACCUUACGUAGAUGUGAGGUGCUGUGACUUCAGUGCAUGUGCAUCAAGCAUUAUCCGUGAC